CGAGUCUAUGGUGGUGGAGGACCGCGUGCCUGGGGCGGGCGUGGCUCUGCAGGCGCUGGGCCAGCAGCACCCGAGCUGACGGCGACGGCUCUUGCUCCGGUCCCGGCGGCGGCGCGGCGAGGCGAGCACCAUGCUGGCCACCCGGCUGUGCAUCAUGAGGAAGCUUCCUUCUGUUCUGCCUAGGACACUCACUUCUGGGAGCAGCAGCUCCCCGGCGCUUCCUGACAUGUCUGAAGGUCACUUACCCAUUCAUGUGAAUAAUGUGCGGAGCAGAUUGAGGGACAUAGUGGGAGCAUCUACCAACUGGAGAGAUCAUGUGCAAGCAAUGCAAGAAAGAAAAGCUCUUCAUACUUUGCUGGCAAAACGGCAGGAAGAUCUUCCUCCUAGGAGAAUGAAGGAUAGCUACUUGGAAGUUAUUCUACCUCUAGGAAGUCAACCUGAAAUAAGAGAAAAGUACCUGAAUGUACACAACAGUGUAAGGUUUGGAAGAAUACUUGAAGAUCUCGACAGUUUGGGAGUUCUGAUUUGCUACACUCAUACCAAGCAGGAAAUGCAACAAAGAUCUCCCUUAUCAAUAGUUACAGCUCUGGUGGAUAAAAUCAAUUUGUGCAAGAAGAUUAUAUAUCCAGACUGUGACAUCAAGUUCACAGGCAAUGUUUCUUGGGUUGGGAAGACCUCAAUGGAAGUGAAGAUGCACAUGCUGCAGCUCCAUAACGGUGAUUACAGCCCUGUGUUAGAUGCAACCUUUGUCAUGGUGGCCCGGGAUCCAGAAAAUAAACGGCCAGCAUUUGUUAACCCUCUCCUUCCUGAGAGCCCCGAGGAAGAAGAAAUCUUCAAGCAAGGGGAAUUGAAUAAGCUGAAGAGGAUUGAUUUCAGCACUGCUUCCUUACUGAAAAUGGCUCCCACUGCAGAAGAAAGAAACAUUAUUCAUGACAUAUUCCUUAACACAUUGGACACAAGGACAGUAAGUUUCAGGAGUCGUAAAUUACCACCGAAUUCAGUGUGGAUGGAAGAUGCAAAGCUAAAAGGCCUACAGAUUUGCCAUCCUCAGGAACGGAACAUCUUCAAUAGAAUCUUUGGGGGUUUUCUCAUGAGAAAGGCAUUUGAACUGGCAUGGGCAACUGCUUGCAGCUACGGGAGUUCCAGACCUUUCAUUGUAUCCGUCGAUGACAUCAUGUUCCAGAGGCCAGUUGAAGUUGGAUCCUUAUUACUGCUUUCUGGACAGGUCUGUUACACUGAAAAAAACUACAUCCAGGUUCGAGUACAUAGUGAGGUUUAUGAUGCAGAUACCAGGGAGCACCAAACAACCAAUAUCUUCCAUUUUACGUUUAUGUCAGAAGCUGAGGUCCCACGGGUUGUCCCCAAAACCUAUGGAGAGUCCAUGUUGUAUUUGGAUGGGAAGCGACACUUUGCUGCAAUCAUGAAGGAAAUCUGACACAGGUGGAGUGCUGCAUCAGCAUUGCAGCAGCAUGCAGCCUGGGAAGGACUUGCCACCAGAGAUGGCUGACUGACAGGUGCUUGCAAUGCUGAAAGAAAAUGCCACCCCAAUCACCACAACAAAAAUACCUUUUCAGUGCUAUUUAUGUAUUUGCAUAUAUUUGGAUUUUUUUAUUAUAUGCUACUAGGAUUUGUUGAAAUCUACUUUUGCAUGCUGAUGCUAGGAAAAAAAAGGCUAAAAAAAAGGAUCUUAAGCUUUAGAUUGGUUUUUUUUUUCUGCUUUGACAGAUAUUACUAUAACAUUAGCUGUCUUGUCACCAUCUGCCUUCUUUUCCUUAGUAACUCUCUUUUGUGUUUCCCUGAUAAGGGAUAGAAGUUCUAUCAGAAAAAUGUGUGCAAUAAGUAGGUAGAUGCAGACAAAGCCAUUUGACCUACUUUGUAAUUUAAAUCAUGUUUAGGAUCUUUUUGUUGUUGUUUUGCUUUUUAACAAGGACAUGCACAUCUGGGCAGCAGCAUAAGCUCAGAAGUAACUAGUGUGUGCACAAUGUAAAGCAGGUGUUUCCCAUCAGCUGGGAUUUUACAAGGCUGUCACAGCUUCUGUUUUGGAUGGUUUCAUGUUCCCUUGGGAGGAAACUGAUUUUUGCAUUGAAAUGAGGUGGCCAGAUGGUCUCUUCUGGCAUUCUGUUUGCAUACAGCCAGCCCUUACCAGCUGUUUCUUUUGUUGUUGUUGUGGAUACAAGUGUGAGUUCCUUGAUCAGUUUUUGAGGUCUGGUAGGUGAGAUUGGUUGGGACUAGGAGAAUGGCAUCAGUUUGCUAAGGAUUGGGAGUAGGAAAGGCAAAAUGCUGCUAAAAUGAUAAUGGUUAUGUUUGAUACUAGAGUUAGGCAUUUGGAGAAUCUAUGUUGAGCAGCUCCACGUCAGCUGCUGAAUGAUGGGAGGAUUUUUGUCCCAUUGAAGGGUGGUACAGCUAGAGGGCAGCCUCCUCAGAUGGAUUAUUUAUCUGGUUCCUUGGUAGAUUGUGAUGACAUGCGAGUAUUGUGCAGCUUAACAGGUUGUGAAACUUACUUGUGAAAGGCAGAGUAACUCCCCACAAGAGAGGAGACACCAUGGUGGACAUAACUAUGGCAUAUAUGUAGCAGGAAGAAAAUGCUUGAUGCCGAAGUGCUUCUGAUGUAGUGGAGGAAGUCUUAAUAGUCUCCAGUAUCUGACAGAUAAAGCCCAACAUCUUGAAAUUAGGAAGGUGAAUGGGAGACAUCAAAUUUUAGCAGUGAGUAUGAUUAGUCAAAAGCACAAUAUUGGAGCUCUGAUACCUUCAAAUCAAGGCUGAUGAUCCUAUCUGAUCAAGAGACCCAAAGAGGAGUAGCUGGGCUCAAUGGUAGGUUAAAUGGAUGAAAUAUGAUGUCUUGUAAUAGAUCAGAAUACGCUCUGGCUUCACUGCUAGGUUUUCUCCUCUUCAAAAACUCUUUGGAAGCUGAAUACACUAGACUGACCACACAUAUAAAGAAAGGAAAUUGUCUCCCCUGUUGGCUGUUAAGUUGGAAGGUGGGAAGUGGAGGGAGCUCUUCAGAACUAUGCAUUACUCAUGACAAGUUUUUAUCACUGACUUAGUAGUCCUAUCUGGGUCACUUCUGUACAACAUUUGUAAGUUAAGGGGGUACAAAAUUUUUCCUCUACUACCUUUUCAUAAUUUCUAAAUUCAGUCUUCGGGAAGGGAUUGGAGAUAAGAAAAAGGUAAUAGAGUAGGGAGCAAGGUGUGACAUCAGAACCUCUGGACACAGGAAAAUGGAUCUCACAAAUAAAGAUGCUUAGAAGAGUUAGUAGGUUUUCAAAGUUCAGUAUCAAAGUUAAUCAUGUACCAAAAUCACAGUAGUUAUAGAAAUGUAUGUACAGUCAUCCAGAGUAUGUGCGUGUGUAUAUACAUAUGUAAAAUAUACAAACCAUAUAUGGUAAUAAACAGACAUAGAAUAUAUGCUCACAGGCUUUUUUUAUUCCUAGAAGGUAACUCCAAGUUGUCAAGCUAUUAUCUCUCUGAUGAUAGGCUAAAUGUAUCUAUAUGUUGCAAUGUACCUUUGUGUGUGAGACAAAAUUGUUCUCAGAUCUCACGUUCAGAAUUAAAAUACUUUAACAUGGUAA